AUGGAAUCCCGCGACGCGCUCGUUUUCCAAGCCCGCCUCGCACAGCAGUGCGGGCGCGAUGACGACAUGCUGUCCGCGAUGAAGGUGCUCUUAGUUGCGUCGCAAGACGAGCUCACGACGACGGAACGGAACUUGCUCUCGGUGAGUCUUAAAAACGUCCUCCAGCGCCUGCGUUCGAGCGUGUCGAUCGCGCGAACUCUGGAGAUUCGAGAGCGUCAGCUCGCAAACGACGAUGGAGCCUCGUUGUGUCGUAAAUACGUGAAAAAGCUCUGCGUCGAGCUCUUCGGGUUCUGCGAACAGACGAUCGAGAUGGUGUCGGGACGCGCGCGUACAGUCUCAGCAGCAGCAUCGCUUGAUGCGCGCGUUUUCUGGCUCAAGCUAAUGGGGGAUUACUGGAGAUACAUUUGUGAGAUUGAAAACGGUAUAGAUCUCAAAGAUCUCGGUAUCGAGCGCGCACACGACGCCAGGGCGCGUGCCGAGGACUGCUAUCGAGCAGGCAUCGAGCUAGCGAGCUCACUUCCGAUCACCGACGCCACUCGAUUGGGACUGUAUCUGAACGAAACGGUGUUCUUGUACGAGAUCAUUGGGAACCGCCGCGCUGCGAUAGAGAUAACCAAGGCAUGUCUCGAUCAGACUGUGGAGGCUUCGCCGAGGCUGGACGACGACGGCGUCGACGAAACGGAAGCCAUCAUCGAGUUGCUCGCGAACAAUCUUGCGCUCUGGGGUCAAGAUGCCGAAGAUCCGCCUGCAUCUCUGUCGACGUCGGUGGACGCUAAGGACGUCCGAGUCCUGCAUGCUGAAACGCUCGAUCUUGCUAAGCUGCACCUGCGCUGA